AUGUCUGUCGCAGAAGGACGUGAGCGGCAAGAUUCAGGAGAGCCCCCUCGAAAGCGUGUUCGCAAGGGUACUCGGAGCUGUUGGGAAUGCAAGCGAAGAAAAGUUAAAUGUCAAUUGAGCUCGGAGGAUGUACCUGUUUGCUCUGGCUGUUUAGCUCGGGGUACUACAUGUCUCAGUCAGGAAUAUCCUGAAGAGCGUGAGCCUUCGAACAAUGCGCAAGUUGGUGAAAGGUUGGGUAGAGUAGAGCACCUACUCGAAACUCUGCUCAAGAAAAUCUCUGCCUAUGAAGAAGAUACCAAGGCAGAGAAGGACAUGAUGACUCCGCAAUCUAUGCUGAAUGGCGACGUACUGACACCGCACCCCUCUAAUGCACCUACCAGUAUUCAAGAGGCUACUCCGUAUAUGUCUUUGUUUGAUAACCCAGUUCUCGGUCAUCGAGAGCCCGUGGCACCUUCUCAAGUGUCUACACCGCGUUCACAACAGUGUUCGACUAAACCAUCCGGAUGUAGUAAAAUAUCUAGGGUGGAGCGAAUCAGACAGACCCUAGUGGAUCUGCUUCCAUCUCAACACGAUGCUGAUCUGAUCUCAAAGAGUACCUCAUGCUACAUGAUCGUGCAUGCUAUGUCUCGUCAUAACGCAGACACUUUCCUGGAAGCAAGUAUUAGCGAGACCACGAAAGCUAUGUCAUCUACUUUCAACAUGGCAGAAGUGGCUAAGAAGAGUCCUUCCGCGAUUGCCAGAUCCCUUAUGUAUCUUGUAAUCUGCCUGCAGCAGUUGGACCCGGACCUCGACAAAAGUAGGCUGCAUCUUCUGCCGACUAUUGAGUCGCGGAUGGAACGAUGGAUGUCAACAAUUCAAGCUCUCGUGACCUCUGAUGACGAGCUGAUUACAACAAUGGAAGGAUUAGAAUGCCUAACCCUGCAAGGCGUCUAUCACAUGAAUUGUGGUAGUCUCAGGAGAUCUUGGCUGGCUUCUCGCCGAGCUCUAAGCACCGCACAACUUAUGGGUAUACAUAGAACAAAUACUGAUAUACCUGGUGGGAGAGAGUUCUGGCAUCAAAUAGUACAGAUUGAUCGAUAUCUUGCUCUGAUCCUCGGCCUACCUGCCGGGUCAAAGUUCGAUGAUUUCGGUCCGGAUGAGGUGUUCAGCAACCCAUCGGUAAACAAAGACAAAUUGUUCAUGCGGAAGUUGUGUCAUUUGUCAACCUACAUAAUUGAUCGCAAUCAGUCUCAGCAACCAGUCGCCUAUGCUUCCACUCAAGAGAUCGAUGAUAAAUUGGAUUCUCUUGCAAAAGAGAUGCCGGAAUCAUGGUGGGAAAUCCCAUUGUUUCGACCCGUAAUUAACGGCUAUCAGACCGAGCAGGGUGUGGCGGACUUCGAUCGGAUAGUGAUGCAGAUAUGGUACUUCCAACUUGGCGUGCUGGCACACCUCCCAUUCAUGUUACGAGCAGCCACAGAACGUCGAUAUGAAUACAGCAAAUUCAGUUGCCUCAAGGCGGCUCGAGAAAUGAUCUAUCGCUAUCUCUCGAUGACUGCGGACGUACAGCGAGCAAUUUGCUGCAAAGUGAUGGAUUUCGCCGCCCUUACCUCAACCGUUACUUUGCUUCUUGGCAUAUUGCAGGUAGUACAGGGCGCCGAAACGCCGGAGGCAAAUGCACAGAAGGAAAGCGACCGCAGGCUCGUGAAAGCGGUUCUGAAACAAUUGGAAAAUGCUACCGACGGAGGCCGUGAUGUAAUAUCAACCCAGAGUGUGACCGUCAUUAAGUCAUUGGUGGCAAUGGACUCGCCCAAUGCUCCAAAAGAAUCCGGAAAUCUGCGACUUACAAUCCCAUAUUUUGGAACCAUCAGUAUUGUGCGACCGAAAACUGAUACGUCUCCGAAGCCCGACAGACGCAUUAAAUUGCCAGCUAUCGUAACAGGUUCUUCAGACGUUAGUUUUGCAAGCACUCCAGCUUCACAAUCCGGAGAUUGGAAUGCUAUGGCCUACAGCACACCACCGGAAGAUCUUCAACAGCAAAUGAUUUCUUUCACAAGUUCUCAUUUUGCGCCAGGACAGCACGAUCUUACUGGUAUACACCCAUUUACGGAAUGGAAUUUGUCAGAAGCGGAUACGCAGUAUUUUGACACUCUGUUGAGCACGGAUGUCAACGGGAAUUGGAUCAUUUGA